AUGGAGGCCAUCGCCCACACCGUAUUCUGGCACGAUGAAGCGAAACCGGUUUAUUCGCUAGCAUUUCAACCUCAAGGAGACCGACUCAUUACUGCUGGUGGCGAUAAUCACGUUCGAGUAUGGCAAGUUCCGGUGACUAAAGAUCCAUUUUCGGUGUCGAUUGAUUACUGGAGUACGCUCAUAAAACACACCCAGGCGGUGAAUGUGGCGCGUUUCAACAGCAAGGGAGACAUGCUAGCUACUGGUAGUGACGAUGGCAAAGUGUUUGUGUGGAAAUUGGCUCCUCCAGAUGCUCCUGCUGAGUUUGGCGCCGAGGUCGACGAAGACGCUAAAGAGAAGUGGCACGUUGUCGGAGUGGUACGUGAUUCACUGAAGGAAGUGAUUGACUUAGCCUGGCUGCCUCAGGAUGAUUAUAUCGUUGUGGGGACUCAGGGAAACCAUGCUGUUAUCUAUAAACUUACUACAAACGAAACUGGCAGAAUUUCCGGGGAAGCGGUGGCUCAGACAGAUGAACGAGACCAUACCCAUUUCGUCCAAGGUGUGGCCUGGGACCCGCUCAAUUGUUAUAUUGCUACACAGAGUGUGGAUAAACUGGUGAACAUAUAUCGUUGGCAUCAGGCUACCUCAAAGCUUGAGUUGGUGAAAAAACACACUCACGUCGACGGUAAAUUGGCCUAUUUCUCCGAAGACUUAAACCUGUUCUUCCGCCGACUUUGCUGGACUCCCGAUGGUGCUUACUUGAUUACUGCUGCUGGUAAGACCAGCGACGACGACAAUCUACCCUGUGUUUAUGUUUUCGCUCGAAACCACUGGGACCUGCCCGUGUGGGAGCUUCGCGGACUUAAUAAGCCGGUAGUGGCAGUGCUGGUGCUGCCGGUUAAAUAUAGAGCCGGCAAGGACCGGGUGCUGACGCUUAACUAUUAUUAUCUUGUGGCGGUGGCGACGCAGGACCUGGUGGCGGUGUACUCGACUGAAACCUGGCAACCGCUAGCGCUCGCAUCAAACUUACACUACUGCUCGAUCUGUGACGUGCUGUGGGACGCUAGUGGCGAGCGCAUCAUGGCGCUGCUGGCGGAUGGCUUCUGUAGCACGGUGGUGGUGCCCGUUCCCGGAGAACGUAUUUAA